AUGGAGAGCAAUCUUGACCCUAAUCUUUUGGCUGAAUUGACAGCUAAACGCGAUCAACUUGCAGAGGCAUAUGAACAAAUCGCUAUUUCACUUAGAGCUGCUGCCACCGCAUGUGGAGAAUUCCAGGCAUUAUUGCCUAGAGACGUUAUAGGAUUGCCACCUAUUCCUCACGCUAAAGAUCCGAAUGCACCAAAAAAACCUAAUACGGCUUAUAUUCUGUUUAGUAAUGAAAUUCGAGGUGCUACCAAAACUGAAUUUCCGGAUCUUAAUCAAAAAGAAAUAGUGACAAAGAUUGGACUGAAAUGGAAGGAAUUAUCACGCGAGCAGAAGAAGGUCUAUGAAGACCGAUACUUUGCUGACCGAGAACGAUAUGAUGAAGAAUUGCGAGUUUAUCGAGCCUCACAAGGGAUCUUUGAAUCUCCCACCGAAACCUCAUCUAAUGAAGAUAAUGGUGAUCAAAGUGUUCUUGCGACUGCGAUGAUCCAAUCUGGUACCACGCCACAUUUCAAUGCUGGAAUGCAACUACCUAUAUCUCAUAAUCUGACAUCUGCAGGACCCUUGAUGACAACUUUCUCUGCAAACGAGCAAACUUCGCUCGCUUUUACUACGGCUGAUCAGACUGCUUAUAUUAAUGCAAAUAACCAUCAAACGUCAUUCGCAGUAGUGCCUGAAGCUUCCCCCGCAAACCCUACUGCCACAGUACAAGAUGCAAAUUCGGUUUCCCCAAAAAAGCGUAAUUCUGACGAAGCUGAAUUAAAUACAGAUGCAACACAAGAGGUCGCUGAUAAUCAGCAAGAAAAUGGUCAACUUGAGGACGAAAAUAUAUCAGCGAGGAAAAGACGAGCCCUUAAUAAAGGCAAAAAAAAUCAAGAUGCAGAACCAGAAGAGACUGAUUCAUCCGUGUUCAAUGUACCUGUAACUGAUCCUGAUCCUCCUGCAAAAAAGACACGAGCACGACGCAAUCUUACAUCAAAUGGAGCUCCAGCUGUCGUUCCCUUGCAAGAAGAUGCCACAGUGAAGAGACGACGGGGUAGAAAUGCAACAUAA